AUGCGGGGAGACAUCCUGCAGCAAACAUCUCAGCAGCACGUGUUCCUAGGCUGUUCAGAGCCUUAUGGGAACAUACAUGACACAACUGGAGCUUUGGGGGCAACUGUGAAAGCAGAUGCUCUGAGCUGUAGAAGACAGCAGAACGUGGAGAAAUACCAGGCCAAGAUGGCAAAAGCUGGCAAUGGUGAGGGUCUUGCUCCAGCUGUGAUUCAUGGUGGGGCUGGGACAGAACUGAAGGAUGGCCUGGGUGACCAUGGGAAUGCAUUUAGGUUAAUGCAGGCUGGCAAACAAUACCAUAAAAUUAGGGAGCCAUGGGACACUGAAGAGCACUUAGCACAAGACACAGAGAUUUUAUAUAGGAUGAUCCAGAAAAAAUCUCCAUCUUGGACAAAGGAACAGCACCUCAGAGGUGGGAUCUCAGCCUAUAAUGCAGGAGUUAACACAGCCCAGACCUACGACAAAAUGGAUAUUGGCAAAACACACAACUAUGCCAAUGAUGUGGAUGCAAGAGCCAGGUUUUAUAAGAAAAAUGGAUAUUGA